CACUUAUUGUACGUUUUACUUGUGCACAGUAGACCCUUUUCAAGUGGGGAUCGGAUUCCCUCCCCAAACUAACUUCUGCGGAUGUGCUCAACAUGAUUCCCAUUUGCAUAUGCUACCUGCACUUGAUGAAACGGCUUUGUUGUUAGCUAGAGGCUGAGCCGUGAAGUGCGUUUGUGCGAAAGAGCGUGUGUAAGCGGUCAGGUCGACUACUCGUAGCAUCAUUGCAGACACCUGCCAAGAUGACAAACUUUCUAAAGGGCUUGAAUAUGCAUACUCCGCGACAUCGGGCCCAAAUGGCUCGCGUCGCUGCUUUGGCCACCUGUGGCUGCGUCGCGUCUGUGGCCAUGCAGCGCGCUGCACGCCCAAACGUUCGACCAAGGCAGGAGGCACCGAGGAAAUUCCUGAUGCCGCAACCGCUUGUGGAUGCUAUAUGCGGCGCCGUAGGCGAGGUGUCCCAGAUCAUCCUUCUUUACCCGCUAGAAACCAUCAAGGUCCGCUGCCAGUCGGACGGCAUCAGUGCGGUGGCGGUGGUGUCCGCGCUGCUGCGCAACGGCUGGAACGCGCAGGUGGUGCGGGAGCUGUAUGCGGGGCUGGGCAGCGCCACUGCGCUCAGUGUGGUGGUGGGCGCCAUGCACUGGUUCACCUUCUGCGCAGCCAAGCGGACGGCGCUGGGGGUCAUGCAGCGGCAGCAGCAGGAGCAGCAGGGGCAGGGGCAGGGGCAACAGCAGCAAGGCGGACAAUUGUUAGACGGAGGAAGAGGCGCUACGUCAGCGUUGAGUUGUAGCAGCAGCAGCAGCAGCGAUAGCAGCAGUAGCAGUAGCGGUGUUGCCACGGCUCACCUGCAUGUGAGCAGCGGGCAUCACAUGCACGAUGAGGAGGUGCGGCUGACGGCAGGCGGCUCUGCCGGCGAGCCCGAUGGCUCCUCGGGCGGCGCCUCCCCCUCCGAUGUGCACAUGCUGGCGACUGCAAACAUGGUGGGAGCCACGGCUGGCGCUAUCCUAACAGCGCUGGUGGAGGGCCCCCUGGAGCUGUUCCGACACCAGGCGCAAGCCGGCAUCAUCAGCGGCAACCUGUUCAAGGAGAUGGGUCACGUGGUGCGCACGCAGGGACCCAUGGGUCUGUACUGGGGCUUCCUGCCGUACUGCUUCGAAUCCUUUCCGUACGACAUAAGUGAGCUGGCGACGUACAGCCAGCUGCGGGAUGUGUACAACCAGGCGGUCAGCCGGGCGGAUGCGGCGACAUCGAAGCUGUUUGGGCGGGACAGCAAGAUACCGACACAGGUGUGGGACAUUGCCAUCGGCGCGGCCGCCGGCAGCGCCGCCACCCUCAUAUCCAUGCCCUUCGACGUCGUCAAGACCUACAUGCAGACCCACGCUACGGACGCCAUCAGCCUGAGUGCGGGGGCGCAGGUGAUGGCCUUCCUGCGCACCGGGGUGUGGAUGGUGCAGGCGCGGGGGCCGGGGGCGCUGUGGGUGGGUGUGCUGCCUCGGCUGGCGCAGCAGGUUCCCUCCUGCACCAUUUGUUGGUGGGCGGUGGAGGCGUGCCAGCAGGCGCUCAAGCCCUACACCGCCGCCAGCUGAGGAGGAGGAGCGGAGGCAGACGCAGGGGCUGCUGCUGCAGCUGCCUGCAGCAGCACACCUACCCACAGCGCACCGGCCCGUGGGAGGCUGGCUGGCGGGGCGGUGGCAGAGAGGGUGAGGCUGAGGCUGCAGGGCAGGGGGGGUUAGGAGGUGCAGUCAAGGGCUACAAGCAUGGAUGUAUGUAUGUGCAUCUAGCAUUGUCACUAGUAUGACAAUGUGCUCAGAUGUGAACCUGAUGUAUGCUUUACAGGUAGGGUAGUAGCGGAUUGCGCGAUGGAGGCUUGGGAGAGCAGUGUUGCAGGGCGAGAAAGGGGAGAGGAGGGGAGGGGAGGGGAGAGGAGGGGAGGGAACGGCGAGGGGAGGGAGCGUGAGCACCGGCAAGAGGAGCGGAAAGGGUUGUAGGAGGAGCGCAAUGCAGAGGAAGGCAGUGGAGUCGUGUUUGAUGAGGGUAGGUAUCUCCACGCGAGACCGUCUGCGUGACCUGUGAGUGCUGGAAUUACCUGCAGGGCUCCGGGUGUCUGUGAUUCAGGCUGUAUUGAUGAGCAGUGACUUGUUGAGUGGUGGCAGAGGGGGCGCGUGACCAGUAAAACACACAUGUGCAGUUGACUAUUGCGACCGUACUCGGCCAAUUUUGACUUUAACACGCGUCGAUCAGCGGUGUGGCCUCCCGCAUAGCGUACCUUUCAGGGGUGGGGGAUAGGUUGGAAACGCUCGGAUAUGCAAGCAUGAGUGUGCCUGCUUGCUUGCAUGUAUGCGCGUACGGUUAUAUGCAUUCAUACCAUUUGCAACGAUGCGCGUGUGCACGGAUAACGUAUCCUGCUUCUUGUUAUACUCAAAGGAGUUGGCUGGUCUCUUGCCAACUGUAACCAUUACAAACAGAAAGGAGCCGACUCCAUCUUUGGGUGUAAACUUAUGUUAUUGCGCUCCUAUUGCUCCUAACUACCAAGCACUGGCCGAUGUUUGUUUAUGCCGGUUUUAUGGCUAAAGUGGCGGUAAAGAAUUGUCGUGACCCGCGGGACAUUGUUAAGGAUUUACACUAUUAAGGACAUUCUCGGCGCUGAAACCGAUACUGCAACUCGGGUGGCGCCUGCACAUGGUACAGCCAUGCUAGAUGCUACCGACGCAUCUUCCUCC